CCAAUCUAUAUCUCUCUCUCCUCUUCUUAAAACUUGCUUCUUCAUUCUCUUCUCAUCAGUCUGUAUUUUCUAUCAAAUCAGACCACAACCUGUUUUAUUUCUCCCAAAUCCGAAAUAAGUUUCCCAAGUUAUUGGAUAUUUUCUCAUAUCCGACAAAGCUUUUAAAUUGAUUUUUUUUUUCUUUUGUGGAAGAAAAAUGAGUUGCAAUGGAUGUAGAGUUCUUCGAAAAGGUUGCAGCGACACAUGCAUCCUUCGUCCUUGCCUUCAAUGGAUCGAAUCCGCCGAGUCACAAGGCCACGCCACCGUCUUCGUCGCUAAAUUCUUUGGCCGUGCCGGUCUCAUGUCUUUUAUCUCCGCCGUACCUGAACCAAACCGCCCUGCUUUGUUUCAGUCGUUGUUGUUUGAAGCGUGUGGGAGGACGGUGAAUCCGGUUAACGGAGCGGUUGGGAUGUUAUGGACCGGGAAAUGGCACGUGUGCCAAGCGGCGGUUGAAACAGUUCUUCGCGGCGGAACUUUACGACCCAUCUCAGAUCUCCUUGAAUCUCCGUCGUUAAUCUCCUCCGGUGAGUCUUCCGAGAUCUGUACCGAUAUCAGGCGGAUGCAGCGCCGAGACGGUUCCGGUAACGAGAACCAUUUCCACUUCUCAGCUUCCAGAUCUAAGUUAAACACGACGGAGAUUGAAGAGUCUCCGGUUAAUCGGAAACGAAUGAAAUCCGAUCGGUCUGAGUCUGAUCUGAAUCUCCAACUGAACCACGGCUUAGCUCUAACCGGUCCGGUUGUACCGGUUCCUUUGCUUCCUCGUCCUCCAUCGUUUUGCAAGGCGGUUAACGGUGAUCGUCCGGGAAGUCCAUCGGAGGAAUCUGUAACGACGUCGUGUUGGGAAGAUGGAAUCAACGGAGACGGAUACAGGAACAAAAGAGAGAGAAAGUUAUUAAACCUUUUUGUUUAAAACCGACGACGCAAACUCUUCGCACUCAGUUUUUGACUGUCCUUUUAGGGUUUUUUUGGUUGUUGUCGUGAGGGAAGUGGAUUUUUAAUUUAGCCGCAUAAUUAUUGGCUAAUUAACUGAUUUCUCUAUCGAGAAAUAUGAUAAUUUUUGGUGAUAUGUACUAUCUUGCCGAUGAAAAUAAAUAAGCUAUUGAGAAUGGUUUUGGAUAUUUUGCAUGUUCUAGUUUUUCUAAACUUUUUUUUGUUUUAUCAAUCAAUUUUACAAUAGUUUUAAUGAACUUAUUAACUCCAUUAAUUUUUA